UUUAGGGAACUCGGUGAAGGGUGAAAUAGCAACCUGACUCGGGACGUGAAGAGGUGCUCAGCCCUUCUCGGUGUCUCUCUCUCCUGAAUCCUCGGUGCACUUGUGCAUUUCCUGCCGCGGAAGCUGUGCAUGCUUCAGCAGCCAGAGACUACAUCCAACUGGCUUUUGACUUGGAGUGCUUGCAUUUUGAUCUUGUCCGUCCCAGAUCAGCACUUAAAGUCGUCUGUUGCGUACGCGAGUGAGCCCGUGACUUGGAUCCUGCAGCAUUAGCCCGGUUGCAAAUUACUACCGUCAACUUUUUUUAUUUCUUGGACGCGGUGAAUGAAUUUCGUGCUACAAACCACGUACUCCAGUGGAGAUCCUUUGGUCUAUGUUUCAGCUCCCGAUAUGUGCAGUGAUCUCGCAUUCUAACAGCGGAUACAUGCACACGCACGCGGCGGGGCUAAUCUGGAAGGACGGUGCUGUUGGGUAAGGCCCUGCUCGUUUCAGGCACGGCACCCUUGAAGUGCAAGUGAAUGAGUUGAUGUCGUCGCUGAUUGGGUUGAGAGAGUACUGAGUUCGAGUUGAUCUGCACAGAUCCUGGCGCGCGCUGCCGUGAGAAGAAUAUUCAGUUGGGGGGAGGGACGAGAGAGUCGUUGAAGUUGCAAACGAGCACAAAUACCCCCGAAAAGACAGUUAGCAACCUUGCCAAACAGGUUGACAAUUUUCGCGCCGCUCAAACGCAGCAUAUCCUGUGGCAGCCAAAACAGGAUUGGUGAGAUCAGUUGAGCGUUGUGUUGUGCUAACUUUCAGAGGGGGAACCGACUCGCGGAGUUGGCAAGCUGACACAUUGCAGCGUCAGAGUUUUGCAAGAUGGGUUCGGAAACGGAGAACUACACGGUUCAGGAGGCGAAGAAGGGAGCUGAGCCUUUGAUUCCCACGUGCAUGUUACCUCCGAAGACACAUAGCAUCCGAAUCGUUCAUUUGGCGCUCGUAGUUGUGCAGCUCGGAUACGCGGGUUUGCAAAUGUUCUCUCGCGUCGCGCUUGACGCUGGUUUGAAUCAGUUCUUGCUGUCUAUGUACCGAAACAUGAUUGCCUUCGCCAUUUUAGCUCCCAUCGCUUACUACUACGAAAGAGAAAAAAGACCGCCGAUGAGCCUUAAGAUCUUCGGAGGCCUCAAUCUCCUAGCAUUGACAGGAGUAGUGGGUAGUCAACAACUGUUUCUCUCAGGUCUGCAACUCACAUCUCCCUUGAUGGCUGCAGUGUCGCAGAACAUGAUUCCCGUGUUCACUUUCCUGCUCGCCAUCACGCUCGGAUUAGAAGAAGUUAAUAUGCGACGGCGUGAGGGAAUUGCCAAGGUGGUCGGCACUGCCAUCUGCAUUGGUGGCGCCAUAAUCAUGUCCGUCUACAAGGGCAUUGCCAUAUUCGGAGGCGGCGACGACACGCAUGACGCAGGCCUCAUGCAGCCCUUUGGACACCUUGGCGCCUUUCUUCACCCUGACAUUGUGCAGUUCAGCGUGAACAAGUACCACCUAGGACUGUUCUUCCUGUUCAUGAACUGCGUCUCAUGGGGUGUCUAUCUCACCGCCCAGGCUCCAGUGAUGCGCAUGUAUCCCGCUCUUCUGAGCAUGACUGCUGGCACGUACUUCUUCGGCUUCAUACAAGUGGGUAUUCUUGGAGUAAUAAGCGCAGGCAAACUUCAUUUUGCGGAGUUUGCUCUUACAUCAUGGCAGCAGAUUGUUGGGGUCUUGUACGCGGCAUUGAUCGCAUCGACCCUUAACCUGCUGCUGCAGUCGUGGUGCGUCCAAAAGGGAGGCCCUUUCAUCGUCUCCCUUUACGUCCCCUUACAGAUGCUCAUGGUGGCUGUCUUGUCAGUCCUGCUGCUGAAGGAUACGCUUUUCAUGGGAAUUGUACUCGGAGGCUUGUUAACAGUCGCUGGCUUUUACCUCGUGGUGUGGGGCCAAGGGCUUGAGCGACGACGCAAGCGUGGCGUACUUGCGCAAAUCCUGGAGCCCCAGCACGAUGUCUACAAAGUCGAUAUCCGGCGCUUAUCUCAGGAUCUCAAGGAGCCCCUCUUGAGCAAAUGAGGUCACCUCCCACUUGCAAUUUUGCACUUGAUUCUACAAUUUUCUUAAUCAUUUAGCUAUGACGAGCUAGAGUUCAUCAUACUAUAUGAUAUAUAGGUCCACUUUCAUGAAAUGUGAUCGAGCAAAUCACCACACCAUCGGGAUUCCAUGUUGUAGCGGGACCAGCUGUAAUACAAAGAGUGUUACCUUCGAGAGUUUGCUCACCGUCCAUUUGGAGCAUCACCUUCCUUGAUAGAUCAACGUAGACCACUGGAAAGUAGCCUUAAUCUCUCGAGCUUCACUCCGAACAGGUUGAUGUUGUGCAUCAUGCUUUUUUUUUUUUUUUUUUUUUUUUUUUUUUAAUUUUUUACUUCCGAUGAUUUUUCUCUAACAAGAUGCCGUAGUGUGCAAGCACAAUCCUCGAAGCCAAAGAUUCGAAAUGGAUCUCUUUAGGAAUGACUUGCAUAUCCUGCAAUUCGGAGUCAUCACUUUUUAUUUUUAUUUUUUAUAUCUUGUUCUGUCCCUAAUGUAACGAUGAGAAGUACAAAACAGGUUUAUUCUCUAAUUUAGAUUGCCAUGUCUUUGAUUCAUUACCUGUCUACUUGUUGUCGAGAAACAGAAUCGAUCAGAAGGUUUACCUCGAAGAAGAAUCAGAGGUCAAAACCCAUGUUCCUGAUUUGAGAACUAAGUAAAAUAAGUAAACUCCACUCCAGUUGUGUGAAUUUAUUCCAUAUUA